AUUAAUAAAAUGCUAACGUGAAAUUAUUAUCAGAAGAAAUCCAAAGUUCAUAGCUUGUAUUACAAACAACUCGCGUUUAUCACUUAUCAACUUCAUUAUUAUGUGAAUUUCCUUAAGAGUGCCGGCAAGCUAGCACGUAUUUAAAAAUGGUGGAUAUACAAGGAGCAAUAAGCCUUUUGUUCGAAUUCCUGUGGACUCUCAUUAAAGUCAACUAUGAAACGAUUCGAGGAAUGUGGAGAGCGCUGGUUCCUCCUGAUCCCAAGGACGUUAAGAAUGAUAUUAUAUUUAUUACUGGCACCGGCCAUGGCAUCGGUCGCGAGAUGGCUUUGCGCUUCGCAAGGCUCGGCGGAACUAUCGUGUGCGUUGACAUCAAUGCGAGUAGCAAUGAAGAAACUGUCAAACUUAUCAAACAGGAGAAAGGAAAGGCACAUUCCUAUCAGUGUGAUGUCACGGAUCGUUCAGCUGUGAUGCAGCUAGCAGAGAGAGUUGGUCGUGAAGUCGGCGACGUGUCUAUUUUAAUCAACAACGCUGGUAUCAUGCCUUGCAAGCCUGUUCUCCAACAAACUGAGCAAGAAAUUAGGCUGAUGAAUGAUAUCAACAUUAAUGCUAAUCUAUGGACGAUCCAAGCUUUUCUCCCAUCGAUGAUAGCCCGUAAUUACGGGCACAUUGUAGCGAUGUCCUCGAUGGCGGGUCUGAUAGGGCUCAGCAAUCUGGUCCCGUACUGCGGCUCCAAGUUCGCCGUUAGAGGCAUCAUGGAGGCUCUCGCCGUGGAACUCAAAGAUGAUCCAAGGGAGUUGAAUGGAAUCAAAUUCACGACAAUCUGCCCAUACAUUGUCGACACUGGUCUCUGCAAGAAGCCUCGCAUCCGAUUCCAAAACUUGAUGAAGGUCGUGAACGCCGGUGAAGCCGCCGAUAUCAUCGUUGAUGCAGUACGCAGAGAAAUCACUGAGAUAACCAUCCCUUCUGAGCUGCACUUCUUGAUUAGGUAUAUCCACCGCUUGAUGCCUUUCCCGGCCGCUUGUGCUUGGAGCGCUUUCGUCAACACUGGUGUGGACCCGCACGACUAAUCGUUUUUAAAUAAAAUAAAUCUCUAAUUAUAAUUAAUUUAAAUAAAUUGUUCCAUUUUUGUA